GUUGUCGUCUUCUGCUCCUCCCGCUUCUUGUUCCCAUUCGAAAACACGCAGAGCGAUUUCCAGCGGCCUGCGGCGAUUUCGUAUAAUCGAUCUAUACAUACACAAUCUCCGUAUACUGUAAUAAUCCCUUUCUCAAUCAAUCCCUUCAUCUCUCUCUCUUCCUCUCUCCCUGGCGUGCGCUUUGCCUCGCGUAGGCAGUAAGUCAAGGUCGUUUCAGCGGGAGUGAGCUUUCAGUGGAGUGGAGGGAGGGCGCCGCAGAGGAACCCUAGCUCGGGGUUUGGAGUGUCCAUCGGCUGGUUCGGCUGCGAGGUUGCAAAGAAAUGGCUAUGGAGAUCACUCAGAUUCUGCUAUCUGCUCAAGCACUUGAUGCAAGAGUCAGAACUGAAGCUGAGGCUAGCCUUAGGCAGUUCCAGGAGCAGAACCUGCCUGCUUUUCUUCUGUCCUUGUCUUUUGAGCUGGCAAACAAUGACAAACCUAUUGAAUCUCGCCGGUUGGCUGGUAUUAUUCUUAAGAAUUCCUUAGAUGCAAAGGAUGCUGCCAGGAAAAACUUGCUUGUUCAACAGUGGGUUGGAAUCGAGAUUUCCGUUAAGUCUCAAAUCAAGGAAUUGCUUUUGAGGACCCUUGGCUCAUCUGCUCAUGAGGCAUGGCAUACUUCUGCACAAGUGAUUGCAAAAGUUGCUUCCAUUGAGAUCCCGCAGAAGCAAUGGCCUGAACUAAUUGGGGCAUUGCUCAACAACAUGACACAGCGAGAUCAGCCUGCAUCCCUCAAGCAGGCAACACUGGAAACUCUUGGAUAUGUAUGCGAGGAGAUAUCACACCAGGAUCUGGCGCAAGAUGAAGUGAACACUGUUCUCACUGCGGUGGUUCAAGGUAUGAACCUUGCUGAGCAUAGCCCUGAAGUUCGACUUGCAGCAACAAGGGCACUUUGUAAUGCUCUGGCAUUUGCUCAGACAAACUUUGAUAAUGAGAUGGAGCGCAACUAUAUAAUGAAAGUGGUCUGUGAAACUGCCAUGUCCAAGGAGGCGGAGAUCAGGCAAGCAGCUUUUGAAUGUCUUGUUUCCAUAGCAUCAUUAUACUAUGAGCUGCUGGAACCUUAUAUGCAGACCCUCUUUGAACUGACAUCAAACGCUGUGAAGGGAGAUGAAGAGGCAGUGGCCCUCCAAGCAAUUGAGUUUUGGAGUUCCAUUUGUGAUGAAGAGAUAGAACUUCAGGAUUAUGAGUCUCCUGAGGUUGGGGAAUCUGGCGCCCCUCAUUCAUGCUUCAUAGAGAAGGCUCUGUCAGUUUUGGUUCCUAUGUUGCUGGAAACUCUGUUGAAGCAGGAAGAAGAUCAAGACCAGGAUGAUACUGUCUGGAAUUUAUCCAUGGCAGGUGGGACCUGUCUGGGUCUUGUUGCUAGGACCGUUGGAGAUGCCAUUCUGCCUCUUGUAAUGCCCUUUGUUGAGGAGAACAUAAAAAAGCCUGACUGGCAUUGUCGUGAAGCUGCCACUUAUGCAUUUGGUUCUGUUCUUGAAGGCCCCACUGCUGAGAAGCUCUCUCCUCUGGUCAAUGCAGGCUUGGAUUUUCUCCUUAGUCUCAUGAAGGAUGAAAAUAGCCAUGUUCGGGACACGACUGCAUGGACCCUUAGCCGUGUUUUUGAGUUAUUGGAUAUUAUAUCUUCUGAGAAUCUUCAGAAGGUGGUCAUAGUAUUGCUGGAGAGUAUAAGGGAUGCUUCCCACAUUGCAGAGAAGGUAUGUGGAGCAAUCUAUUUCCUCGCCCAGGGGUUUGAAGAUUCUGAAAGCAGUUCUCUUCUCUCACCUUACUUGAUGGACAUGAUCACUGGUCUUCUUAAUACUGCUGAUCGCACGGAUAGCAGUGACUCCAAGUUGAGGUCAUCUGCUUAUGAGACCAUAAACGAGGUGGUCAGGUGCUCCAAUCUUGCGGAGUCAUCUCAAAUCAUAGUCCAGCUGCUUCCUGUGAUCAUGAAUAAGUUGCAGCAGACCUUGGAGCUCCAGAUCAUGAAAUCCGAUGACAGAGAAAAGCAGGGUGAUCUGCAAGCAUCUCUUUGCGGAGUUCUUCAGGUCAUCAUCCAGAAACUUAGCAGUACCGAUGAGACAAGACCUGCAGUAGUUCAGUUUGCUGAUCAGAUCAUGGCACUGUUUCUCAGUGUGUUUGCUUGCCAUAGCUCUACUGUCCAUGAGGAAGCAAUGCUCGCAAUUGGUGCUCUUGCUUAUGCUACUGGUGCGGAAUUUUUGAAAUAUAUGCCUGAGUUCAGCAAGUACCUGCAGAUGGGUUUGCAGAAUUUUGAGGAGUACCAGGUCUGUUCCAUCACAGUGGGGGUUGUCGGAGACAUUUGCCGAGCUUUGGAUGAUAAGAUCUUGCCCUUCUGUGAUGGUAUCAUGGAACUUCUUCUCAAAGAUCUCCAGAGCGACAUGCUCCAUCAAUCUGUGAAGCCAGCGAUAUUCUCUUGCUUUGGAGAUAUUGCUCUUGCAAUAGGGGAGCAAUUCGAGAAGUAUGUCCAUCAUGCGCUGCCCAUGAUGCAACAAGCGGCUGAGAUUUGUGCCCAGAUCGACCCAAGCGAUGAGGAGCUGAUGGAAUAUGGGUACCAGCUCAAGCGUAGCAUUUUCGAAGCAUACUCAGGAAUCCUCCAAGGGUUCAAGGAUACUAAGUCUGAGCUCAUGUUGCCCUAUGCUUCUCAUCUCUUGCAGUUUAUCGAGCUGGUCUGCAAUGACAAGCAGAGGGAUGAGAGCGUGACGAAGGCUACAGUUGCCGUGAUGGGCGACCUUGCCGAUGCCCUAGGCUCAAAUACAAAGUUGUUGUUCAGGGACUGCGUGUUCUACAUUGAUUUCUUGGGGGAGUGUCUUCAGUCAGACGAUGAGCAACUCAAGGAGACGGCAACUUGGACCCAAGGAAUGAUUGGGCGGGUCAUGGUCUCAUGAGGUGAAGCAAAGCUCUUCGGGUCACUAGGGUUUAAAGGUUCAUUCUUCUUGAAUGCACAUCUUCAUGUGGUUUCUCGUAAGGUUCUUUUUAGGAAACUCGGAACAAAAAGCAAAGUGUUGUUAUGUGUCCCUAUUUGUGCGGGUUUUCCAGAAGUUCUGGACCGAUGAGAUUUUGUUUUGUCAAAUUGUUAGGUGAGGGUUAGAAUGGAUGGGGAAAUUCUGUUGGGUGGCGGUCUGUUAUGGGGGUUACCCCUUUUUUAACUUUCUUCAGUUAACAUGUCCACUGAUCGGUGGUUUUGUCCAGUCAUUCUUCGGUCUGAAAUUCUGUUUAUGUUGCGGUCGGUGGGCACCGGUUAGUGCUUCUUCAAUGCAAAUCUGUUUAAAUCUUCAGGUGUUCCGGAAUUUCAAAUGUUGUUCUUGUGCUUAUAGAUGGAUUUGAAAUCAAAAAUUGCAGGGAAAGCUCCUGCAGAUUGUUC